UAACCCUAACAUGGUGGUGAUGGCAGAGGUGCUAGCUAAGAAAUCAGGACCCAACGCACUGUUCGCCAGCUGAACGAUGGUAUUAUGAUAUCUCAAACAGGGUCUGGGAAGGAGGAGAUCCAUUGCUGACUGUACGCAUCGCAGACUUGUUGAUUCGGACAAUAUCGUGAGCCUAAGCUCAGGGUUUCGCAUGUUAUAAGAGACGACUGAGACGCGCUCAGUUCGUCAAUACUAUGGAAGUUCAUGAUGCAGAUCUAUUGGGUGGGAACUCUAUCAUGAGUUUUAGUGGUUGUAGCACCCUGGCCCGGCACCGAAAGCAAAGCUCCCUCAGUAAAACUUUCUGUGCGCGCCUACUUUUUGUGCAACAUUUUUAUUGGCCAUUUAAUUGUAGUACACAUCUCAAAUUACAAUAAAUAAAAACCCCCAUGAGUUAUGAACCUUCAGGAGCAGUCGUGAAAAUGGAUAAGUUUGAAAAGGCCGUCAACAUGGGCAUACCGUGCACAGACACGAGAUAACCCGCAAAGCCAAUUCACUACGUUUACGUCACACAACAUCACAUUACCCUCAUCCAUCUCGCUUCCAUAGAUUUAAUUUGCCAUUCAUUAAAGUCAUUAUCGCUCCCCGUAGUACACGUGUAACCAACAAAGAAGCCAGUUUACAGAAAGUUUGUUCCCAACAACCGGAGUUUUGCCGGGAGCUGGAGAUGAGAUUGCUCAGUAACGUCAACACUACCACACCGCUAAACCAAGUUAUCCGUUUUCACCUGCCCAAACUCAAAAAAUCAAGCGCGCGUACCAUGGCUUCGGACGGUCGCAAACAACCGCCAUGGAUCCCCCCUCGAGUCGGGCCUGACGCCCAGUUGCCCCGGUUGAAGAUCUACAACAGCCUGACGAGGAGCAAAGACGAAUUUGUCCCAUCCGAUCCGACAGGCAAGAUUGUGACAUGGUACGCCUGUGGCCCGACAGUGUACGAAGAUGCCCAUCUAGGUCAUGGCAAGAAUUAUGUCUCGACCGAUAUUAUACGCCGCAUCAUGAAAGACUAUUUCGGCUUCCAUGUCAAGUUCGUUAUGAAUAUAACCGACAUUGACGACAAGAUCAUCAUCCGGAGCCGUCAGCAUUACCUGCUCGCGCGUUUCAAGCAGGAGCAUGCAGCUGAGGAUGACAUCGUGGGUGACUCGGUUUUGGCAGAGGCCAAAGCCGCAUUUCGACACCAUAUCGAGAGCAAACUUCCUUCCCUGCCCUCGGAUACGAGCCCAGAAAGUUUUUCCGAGGCAGUAGACAACGCAUAUACACAAAAGGCGGAGCUGCCACCUUUGGCCGACGCUGUGACCGCUAAACAAGACCAGACUGUUACUGUCGCCGAUUUACUUUUGAAGGCAAAUAUUGAAACGGCACGGUUAGCUGCCGAGGCUUUGCUAGCCCCAACAAAGCUGCCUGACUUUUUUGCGAAGACGGACGAUAUUUUGCUCCCAUAUCUUGAUGCCUUGCAUGGUGCAGAGGUGGACUCUAAUAACCACGAGAUAUUCCUGGGUUUGAGCCAAGAAUUCGAGCGCCGCUUCUUCGAGGAUAUGAAUGCACUCAAUGUCUUAUCCCCCGACCAAUUGACUCGUGUGACAGAAUUUGUUCCACAAAUCGUCAGCUUCAUUGAGAAGAUUGUGGCGAACGGCUUCGGUUAUGCUACCUCUGAUGGCUCCGUAUAUUUCGAUAUUGACUCGUUUGAAAAGGCUGGACACAGCUACUCUCGGCUAGAACCAUGGAACAAGAACGACCCCGCUCUCCAAGCUGAUGGUGAAGGCUCGCUGUCUAAAGGAAAGUCAAUGAAGCGGGGCGCGAAUCAUUUUGCACUUUGGAAAGCUAGCAAACCAGGUGAACCGGCAUGGCCGAGUCCAUGGGGUCGUGGGCGACCAGGAUGGCAUAUUGAGUGCUCUGCGAUGGCCUCAGAAGCGCUUGGGCCUGUAAUAGAUAUUCAUUCCGGAGGCGCCGAUCUACGUUUCCCUCAUCAUGACAACGAGCUCGCACAAUCAGAAGCUUACUGGUCUACUCCGAGUUGUCAAGUACAAUGGACAAAUUACUUCAUUCAUAUGGGGCAACUGAGGAUUCGAGGUUUGAAGAUGAGCAAGAGCCUCAAGAAUUAUACGACCAUUAGAACCGUUCUUGCUGAGAAAGACUGGACCGCACGUUCUCUUCGGAUUUGCUUUCUUCUUAUGCCAUGGCAGGAUGGAAUUGAGGUCACAGAUGAGCUUAUGAGGGCUGUAGUAGGCUGGGAAGGCAAGCUGAAUAACUUCUUUCUAAAGAGCUUGGACAUUUUGGAACAUUCCAACCCUAAGACCUCAACAACGCAAGAGCUCAGUGAGGCAGACCAGCAGCUCUUACGCACCCUAGAGAAGGCAAAGGUUGAUGUCGACACAGCUCUUUGUGAUUCUUUCAACACUUCUGCUGUCAUGAGGAUACUCUCCGACCUUGUUACCGAGUCGAACUUGGCCGUCGGAAUUUCAGAUCAAACAACCAUCACGCUCGCCCGGUGGAUAACCCGCAUCAUCACCAUAUUUGGACUAGAUUCCGAGGUAGAUCCUAGCAACCCGGAUCGCAUAGGGUGGUCGGGCCUCGAUAUUCCUACGCAAGCAAAACCUUACAUCUACCCUGCAUCUCAGCUGCGAGAUAUGGUUCGUACCUGGGCUUGUUCCGACUCGGUCGAUUAUACAGCUAUAGCGAAGCUCGCUGACGAAACUACAAACGCAACGUCCACACUGGAGGACGAGUCCUCUGAACAAUAUAAGCAAGUACUCCAGCAAUUUUGCACCAACGUCAAGGUUCUUGCGGACCAGCAGACUCCGGCAAAAGAAUUGCUCGUCUUAUGCGAUCAACUCCGCGAUGUACACCUUUGGAACCUAGGCAUCUAUCUUGAGGACCGCAGCGACCCUCAGCCUGCUUUGGUUCGUCCGCUUGAUAAGCUGCUUAUAGAAGCGCGCGCUGAGCAGAAGACGGCUAGCACGUUGAAAGCGGCGGCAAAGCUGGAAAAGGAAGCUAGGAAAGCUGAGAAGGAGAAGGAGCUGCGCGAACGCGCCAAGAUUGACCCAUUGGUGAUGUUUAGGACCUCGGACGACUAUUCGAAAUUCGACGAAAAUGGUAUCCCAACCAUGGACGCAGCAGGGAAUGAACUGUCCAAGAACAGGCGUAAAAAGUUGGUCAAGGAGUGGGAGCAACAGAAGAAGAGUCACGAGGAAUGGCUGGCGACGCAAUAGAGUGUAGAAAAAGGGUUUUGAAUCACUGCCGUGUCAUAGGACACACAAAUCUGCUGCUUUAUCAAUGCUGCUUUCGUCAGGUCGAUUCGACACAAUACUGAAGGCAUUUUUUAAAUUGUAUGAGUGGACAUAAAUGAGUGACAACUAUGGAGAGAACCAGAAUAAGACCGACACACGAUGUUGAAUUGUGAUUUGCCGCCAAUCCUUUCUCUCAUACUGCUACUCCGGCGGCACUAGCUCCUCUGCUUCCUCAAAUGACUGUCCAUAAACCCAUGUUCAUCAUAGUGUGGAGUAUCUCAGCAAUGACAACGAUCAUCGCAACAUUCGCACUUCCCACAUGUCCAUCC